GGUGGUCCACUUACUAACGCAGGUGUGACGAUACAAUUUCCCAUCAGAUGUGUGCGACAUGGAAAUUGUGGCCAGUGAGAAGAACCUUUCACGCCUAUCGUCGUGCACAGCCGUAAAUCCGUGGUGCUAACGAAAAAUUCCCAGGAUAAAGGCGUAGAAAAAACGCAUAUUUUGACCUUUCACUAGUGUGCAUGCUAGGAGCACACUCCACACAAACCGCAGAAAGUUACUUCUUCAUCCUUGCUGCUGUUGGGCACGCGAGUGGGAGCCACCAGACACGUGCACUACGCCAGUUUUCCCUGUGCCGGAGAACGGUUGUGUGUGAUCAAUAUCUACCUCCAUUUAUCCAUGGUCCAACAAGAGGGAGCUUGCACGGGAUUCUGCUAAAAUCCUUACCGUCAACAACGAACCGAACCACCCGAACAAUAGUGCAUUCAUCCGGUGUCUUGUGCAUACUUCGUACCCAGCGUCCAAAGUACCGCCACCGAGUCCACCAUGGGGCUAUUCGAUAAGCUGGCCAACAUGUUGAAGAUCAAAAAGGAACAGAUCAAUAUACUGGUGGUCGGUUUGAACAACAGCGGCAAAUCAACGAUUGUGAACCAUUUUAAGAACCCGAACGAACGGACCUCCAUUGUGGUGCCGACGGUAGGAUUUAGUGUGGAACGAUUUGAAAGUAAGUACGACAAUGGGGUUUUCUUUACCGCGUUCGACAUGUCCGGUGCAACGCGGUAUCGCAGCCUGUGGGAACAUCACUUCAAAUCCUGCCAAGGCAUAGUGUUUGUAAUCGAUUCCAGUGAUCGCAUGCGUUUAGUGGUCGUAAAGGACGAGCUGGAAAUUUUACUACAGCAUCCGGACAUUGCCAACCGGCGUGUGCCCAUCCUUUUCUUUGCCAACAAAAUGGACUGCACGGAUGCGCUGUCUAGCGUAAAGAUUGCGGCCGGUUUAGGGCUGGAAAAGAUCAAAGAUAAACCGUGGCACAUUAGCUCGAGCAAUGCGCUCACCGGGGAAGGUUUGCAGGAUGGCGUCCAGUGGAUGGUACACCAGAUCAGGGAGUGCGUCGCGAACAGCAAGGAACAUCGGUAGAGAGAGCACAAUGCUUUUUUAUGUUUUUAGUGUAACGAAAAGUUGCUUUCUUUCGUACUCAGCCUCGAAACAGCAUCAUUGUUUUAUGUGAUCUAUUCUUUUUUGACCUGAAUAAAGCUUA